AUGACGACAGCGAGCCAUAGCCACCUCCAGGCUGCUCUCUCUCCCCGGACCACCCGACGUAAUAUGCUUGCAACUGAGCUGACUCAGUCUCUCCGACGUAAGCUUCUCUGGGAGCGCCAACAGAAGUCCUCAACAGCCAACGCCGUUCUCAGGCGACGUCACACCUCCCACGACGUCGCCAACCUGAAGCAGUACCCCGAAGAGAUCUGCAUGAAUAAUACAGAAGAUGCUCCGGUCGCUCCGCAGUACUUCUCCAAGGGCACUGGCUUUGGAGAUUACCACUCUAAGGGAUGGAGCCUCUCUCGCCCAAGGUUACUUCAUCCACCACUGCUGUCUGCGGCUCCUCCCAUUUCCGAGUUCCAAUUCGCCGCGCAGAUGACCAUUCUCGCACCAUCGUCUCGUCUGCUGCCAGCCAAGUGCAUCACGCACAAUGAGCAGUCCAUAAUUGCCCUUGGUGGGUAUUGUUUUUCUAGUAAGCAGGGUCGAGGCAUCCACAACUUGCGGCUCAUUCCUGUCUCUGCCUUGAAGCGCAAGAUGUUCCAAGUUGGCGGCUCCUCCGAGGGUGACAGCUCCUUGAGAAAUGCCUUCACUUCCAGGCAAAGCUCACUCCUUCAUGGAAAGACGAGAUAA